GGACCCCAACAAGCCCUCCACGUGUGACGUCAAAUUCUAGCGCCUGAGAGAGGUUCGCGAAAUCUAAACGAAAACACAGUGCGCCUUUGUUGAAUUUUCUACAAAACACAACGAAAUGCCUAAAGUGAAGAGAAGUCGGAAGCCGCCCCCAGACGGCUGGGAGCUCAUUGAGCCCACUUUGGACGAACUGGAUCAGAAAAUGAGAGAAGCGGAAACAGAGCCCCACGAAGGAAAGCGAAAGGUGGAGGCCCUGUGGCCGAUUUUCAGGCUGCACCAUCAGCGAAGUCGAUACAUCUUCGACCUCUUCUACAAAAGGAAAGCCAUCAGCAGAGAGCUGUAUGAGUACUGUAUAAAGGAAGGCUAUGCAGACAAGAACCUGAUUGCCAAGUGGAAGAAGCAGGGCUACGAGAACUUGUGCUGCCUGCGUUGCAUCCAAACGAGAGACACCAACUUCGGAACCAACUGCAUCUGCAGAGUCCCCAAGAGCAAGCUGGAAGUUGGACGGAUCAUUGAAUGCACCCACUGUGGAUGCAGAGGCUGUUCUGGCUAAGUGUAGUUUUUUUCGGACAUCCAUCUAUUUUCUGUUGGGCAUCAGGGCUCAUCCAGCCUCCAUCUGUGCUCACUCGCGACCCUGAGGCAACAUGUUCUUUCGUUCAACAUGUAAAUGCAUUAGAAACAAACUACUGACAUCUUCACCACCAACCUCAGCUGCCCAGAUAGGGGAUCAGUAUUUGAUACUCAUCUGCUUUUAAACAUAGGGGAGCAAUGGAGAAUACACUGAGGGGCCAUAUUGUCUUAAAUGCAUUUGUCUUUGCGUGCGUAUGUGUGUUGUCGUUUUUUAAAAAUACUGUCAUUUUCUGGAUCAGGCCUUUCAUUCCAGCACACCCACUGUGAAGGUCAAAUUAAAUCGUUGUUUCAUUUCAUUUAAAGAGGGCUGGAAGGGGAAUGAUUUGUGUUUGAAAAGUCAUCGUUUUAAACCUGAAAACUUGUUCCUCAGCAUUGUUAUUGUAGUAUAAUUUUAAAUAAAACCAUUCUGAUUUA